GGCCCCGGCGGAUAAAGAUGGCAAUGUCUCUCAUCCAAGCGUGCCGCAGUCUGGCUCUCUCAACAUGGCUGCUUUCCUUUUGUUUCGUGCAUCUGCUCUGCCUGGACUUCACCGUGGCCGAGAAGGAGGAAUGGUACACCGCCUUCGUGAACAUCACUUACGCCGAGCCCGCGCCGGACCCCGGGACCGGGGCGGCGGGCGGCGGCGGCGGCACCGAGCUGCACACCGAGAAGACCGAGUGCGGGCGCUACGGGGAGCACUCGCCCAAGCAGGACGCCCGCGGGGAGGUGGUCAUGGCCAGCUCGGCCCAUGACCGCCUGGCCUGCGACCCCAACACCAAGUUCGCCGCCCCGGCCCACGGCAAGAACUGGAUAGCCCUCAUCCCCAAGGGCAACUGCACGUACAGGGAUAAGAUCCGGAACGCGUUCCUGCAGAACGCCUCCGCUGUGGUCAUCUUCAACGUGGGCUCCAACACCAACGAGACCAUCACCAUGCCCCAUGCAGGUGUAGAAGACAUCGUGGCAAUAAUGAUCCCUGAGCCAAAAGGAAAGGAGAUAGUAAGCUUGCUGGAGAGAAACAUCACUGUGACGAUGUACAUCACCAUCGGAACCCGGAACUUGCAGAAAUACGUGAGCCGCACUUCGGUUGUGUUUGUCUCCAUUUCCUUCAUUGUCCUGAUGAUCAUUUCCCUCGCAUGGCUGGUCUUUUAUUAUAUCCAGAGGUUUCGAUAUGCAAAUGCCAGGGACAGGAACCAGCGCCGCCUGGGAGAUGCAGCCAAGAAAGCGAUCAGCAAGCUCCAGGUCAGGACCAUCAAGAAGGGUGAUAAGGAAACAGAGCCAGAUUUUGACAACUGUGCAGUUUGCAUUGAAGGGUACAAACCCAACGACGUUGUCCGGAUCUUGCCCUGCCGGCAUCUUUUCCACAAGUCCUGUGUUGACCCCUGGCUUCUAGAUCAUCGCACCUGUCCCAUGUGCAAGAUGAACAUUCUUAAAGCCCUAGGGAUCCCGCCCAAUGCUGACUGCAUGGACGACUUGCCCACCGACUUCGAGGGAUCUCUGGGAGGUCCACCAACCAACCAGAUCACAGGUGCCAGCGACACAACCGUAAAUGAAAGUUCGGUCACUUUGGACCCUGCUGUCCGGACUGUGGGAGCCUUGCAGGUGGUCCAGGAUACAGAUUCCACCCCACAGGAGGGAGAAGUCAUCUAUACUACCAACAGUGAGCAGGAGCCAGCCGUAAGCAGUGAUUCUGACAUCUCGCUGAUUAUGGCAAUGGAGGUUGGACUGUCUGAUGUAGAACUUUCCACGGACCAAGACUGCGAAGAGGUGAAAUCUUGAAAUGGCAAAUGCAGGAAAAAGGGAUGGUAGGACCCAAGGGGAAGGAAGGGAGGAGUGCCCCCAAGACUUGCACCGGGCACACACACCUCUAGAACACCUUGGCGACUCCAAGGGUGCUCCGCUCAAGAAUGGUAACGAAAAGCAAUAUCCAAAGUCACGUGAAUCAGGAUGCAGUUUCUCAAUCUUUGAACAGUCCACGGCCUUGGCAGCUUGGAAGUUGAAAGCUGAUUUUCCCUCCCAUGUCCUGUAGACACACACUUCAGAAGCUCCUAAAACAGACUGAAGGACACUUUUAGGGCUUCUUGCUUUCAUUUCCAUUUUUUUCCAGUUCUUGUUCUCUUGUUUUUGGAAUGUUGUUUGAUUUCUUUGGCAGUUUCUUUUUAAAGACUGUGUGUAGUUUACUUUACAUCCACUUGUUGUUUUCCCUUUGCUUCCCUCCAGCUUUGUAUAGAGUUCUGUUUAGAAGCACCAGUUCCUGCUAUGAUCGGUUUGUAUUCCAUCUGUGAGAUUAAUGGCCUUGACCUCUCAGCAUGAAGUGUGCAUGGCUUUGGGAAGUGCCUCAGCGCCCUGAAACAGUCUAAGGCCAGCUUUCAUUAAGAAUCUAAAUUCUUUUAAGUGGAUCUUGAAAAUCCCAGCUACCAGAGACCCCAACACUAAGCUCUGAAUCUGCUGAGGCCGCUGCUCGUUAUUUUCAGCUACAUCACACUGGCUUCCACUUGCCAGGCUCUGUUAAGGGCCCUCGUGACUUGAGAGGAAGCUCUAGGGAGGCACUUCAAUUCGUCUGGACCUUGCAGUCUUUGGCUGAAAUCCUGAACUCAGAAGUGCCCCCCAGAGCAUUAACGCCGUUCUUCAUGGCUGUAGGGCUUGUAACCAGGACUGCAAGCCUGGUUUUAAGACCAGACACGACAUGUUCUUUCAGAAAGCGAAAUGUCUGUUGUAUUGGUUUCCCCAGGGCCAGAACGGUCCUUUGUUACCUCCACAAGUGGCUUCUGCAGGAGAUGGAGGAUUUAGAAAAGAUCCAGUCAUCUUUGAGCCCAGUGUCCAACACAGUUAGGGCUGCUGUUAACAGCACCUAGGUUUUACCUUAAUUCCAACACACUUGUGUUAAACCUCGCCAGACCUCAAGGAAAGAUUUAGGUGAAUCCUUAGAAAAUUGCUUCCCAGGGCUCCCUGAGUGCAUCCGGAUACCAAGUGAGGAGGGAGGUAAAUGAUAUGAUCUAAAAGGUAUGGCAUGGAAAUUUGCUAAAUCAAGCUUCUCCUGACUAACAGAGACAAAGAGGGAAAGGAAAAGAGGUAUGAGAUGAAUGCUAAAACCCACCGGUGUUUUUACCUGUUUAUGUUUUUAUUCUUUUUUUGUAACUAUGACAGAGAUGUGCUAUUUUUUCAGUGGGCAAUUUUGUAAUACAUUUAGACUCUCCAGAUGCAGUGAUGACUAAGGUGGUGAAUCCUUUUCUCUGGACAAUCUUGGAUCACCUCAUCCUCUGUGAGAAGGCCAUGUUGCUGCGUGGGGGUAACCAGGAAAGAAAGCUUUUCUCACUGAGUUAUUUACCUAUUUGAUGAAGCUUUUGUAUGUUGUUAUGGUAAUACUCCUCCAGAAAGCAGAGUCUGGUUCUGCCGUAAAACCUUGUGGCCCGCUGAAACCUGGAGGGUACGUCAAGGGAGACCACUGGCUGCUCUUUUUCCACCUCUUUUAGCAGUUUCCUAUUUGAUGCUUUCUAAAUAGUCAGCAAAGCAAGGAAAAUGAUUAUCGCCUUCAGAAAUGUCACAUCUCUCUAGGAGUCUACCACUUCCUGUAGUGAAACCCAGUGUCUCGGCGUGGGAAGGCAGCCAGGGAGGAAUGAAGAGAGCGCUGAACCAGGAGUCACGAGGCCUGGAUGAGCCACAUGCUUGCUGGGCCUCCGCUGCUCCAUCUGUAAAAGUGAAGGGGUUUAACAAGAUGGUGCCCAAGGCGCCUUCUCUCCUUACCACCUUAAUGAGCGUUUUGCCAGGGGAAUCCAUUUAUUGCAGAUAGCCAUGACAUGUAGCUGACUUUAUACCUUGGGGAAGCGGUUACUUGACAUGUAACAUAUAAUAACUGCUUUUGAGCUUUGGUACUCGUCUGUUGCUGAGAAUGAAUCUCUAAAUGAUUGAAAUUUUAAGGCCAAAGAGGAGUAGAAAUCACUGUUAGUCACAGAGUUUGCAAUCUCUGGACACAUUAAUAUCCCAGUUCUCAGUGUGGAAUUCUUAAUCUCAAGGUGUUUCUUUUCCUCCGUCAGCAUAGGCCUGCACUGCCUACUCCUCCUUCAGUCAGCUUUGCCCAAAACAAAUUUUGGUAUUAAGUCCAGUGGAUCCGAAGGAUAAUUCAACAGGAAAAGAACUACAAAUUGUGUUCCCUACCCAGAGAGAAAACGCCUUUUGGAUUGCAUAGUCCUCUGUUUGAUGAGUGUUCACUCUUCCUGCCAGUGACCAGAUCAAUCAGGAAUUGGUUGCAUAUGUGCUCUGUGGCCACAGCAGCCCCUAUUGGAUGCUGCGUUGAUAAUGAGGGGCCCAGGAGGUCCAUCUGAGGCCCGUGGACCUGACCCCAAGGAGGUUCUGCUGCAAUUCCCUAAGCCUAGGAGGUUCUUCACUUACCAAAGGUUUGUUUCUGGAGGAUUUUCCUGUGGCUUUGGUAAUUAAAAAAAAAAAAGGUUUCACUGGCAUGGAAGGAGUCAAAAGAAAUGGAAACAGCCCUUCUCUCAUAGCCUUCUUCACCACCUCUCCCCAAAGAGGGAUCUCUGACCUGGGGACCUGGCGGUUUACAGAGCAUGUCAAAGGGUAUGGGAGCUCACUAGAAGUAUUUGCAGACUUGAUGUGUAUUUGCAGUUGUGCAUUUUUCUGUAGUGAUUGUCUAGACCAGCACUGUCCAAUAGAACUAUAAUGCACAUCACACUAGUAAUUUUAAAUUUUCUACUGGCCACGUUAAAAAAAAGUAAAAAGAAACAGGUGAUUUUAAUAAUCUAUUUAUUAAUCCAAUAUUAUUGUUUCAACAUGUAAUUAAUGUAAAAAGUAUUAAUGAAGUACUUUACAAUUUUCUUGUGCUAAGUCUUCUAAAUCCGUCGUGUGUUUUACACUCACAGCACAUCUCAGUUUGGACUAGAUGCGUCUCCGGCACUCAUAGCCACACGUGGCUCGUGGCUGCCGAUUGGACAGCGCAGGUCUAGAGCUUCUCCAGUGUUCGCUCAAAAUUCCCUGACCCUUACAAAGAAAAACGGUUGAAACCUAAUUACCUUCAGGGAGGACUAGGCUCCACCCAAGUCGCCCAGUGAGAGCCCAGAGAUCCCUUUGUUCUGCAAUGAGUGAAUAUCCAGGCCACCCUUUUUGAAAUUUCGGCUUGACCUUUCUCACCACACCACCGAUGUCCAUUGCUGUUUAACUGUUACUUCUCCGACCAGUUGUUUUUUAAAAGUCACACAAACCAUGUUGAUUUGGUGCUGAAAGAAAAUUUUAUCCCUGCUUCUGUGAUAAACCCUUAGGCUGAUAUGUGGCACUCAGGAGCCAAAGAGAAUUCCAGACUGUGGUCGUCAACUUUACCUCAACCCCUACUUGUCCCUCUUCCUGGUUGGCAGAAGGUCUUUUCCCAGUCCCAGUGCCCCUUGCCCCACAGCUGUAGCUAAAACACAUGGAUUUGCAAGGAAAAAGUGGGAAGUUACAUAUUGACUCCAAACACAAGACUUGGGGGGCCUUAGGGAGAAAAAGUCUUUGGAGUUUGUGACUGUCUGGCCUCUACUUGGUGAAUUAUGACCACCUGCACCAGCCACCUCGCAACUCGGAAGUGAGCAUCCCCCUCAUCCCAAGGCUGUGGACAAGAAAAGGAGCAUUUCUAUUCCCUCAGAAUAAGUUAGAGUCACCUCUAGGAAUUGCUGCCUCCUGUGUGGCUGGUCCCUUUGGGAGGAACUGAGCCCUGAUCGUGAAUACGGUAUCUGAAGAUUGAUUUAGUCUCUAGAGUCUGGUCACCCCUGAAAUGUCAACUCAUCAUCUAGGCAAGAAGAGGUGUAGAGUUUGGAGAAGGUAGAAAGUUAAUAGUGAUAAAAGCACCUACCUAUUCUGACAUCACGUAGUAAUGAUCAUAACCAUGGAGGCAAAUCUCUAUCCAAGAGAUUUUUUUUGUCUAUUUUGUUUUGUUUUCAGCAUUUUGCUCCUUCUGUUGGAAACAUCCCUGAACCUUCAUGGGUCUGGAUUUGGUCAUAUCAAAAACCACGGUACCCAGUGCCUUUUCAGUUAGUGCUCUGACAUCCUUGUGGCUGCCAUACUUUCAGAACCAGAAAUAAUGACAGGUCACUUAAUAGAAGAUUCUUUCUUAUGUAUGAGUUUUGUCUAGAUGAAAAUUCUUGCAGAGGAUAAAAAACAAAUGGCAUUUAGUUAUCCAUUGAAUACAUCACCUUGACUUAAAACAAAGAAAUCUCAUUAAAUCAAAACUCUUUCAGAAAAUCCAGGAUACAGAAUCUCUCCCACUAUGGAGCAAGGACCCAGCCCUCUGUGGUACUGGAGCCCCUGAGGCAAUUUCUGGUAGCAUUGUUUUUAGGCUGUCACUUAAAUUUCUUUUGCUUUUCUGUCUGUGUUUGUCUCUCUCUAUCUCUGGCUUUCUCUGAUUACCUGUGUCUUUCUUUGUACAUGCACCCACACACACAUUCUUUUACCAUCUUUGAGGACAAAAAGAUGUUGGUGGCUCUGGACCUAUAGAGUUAUUAUUGUGAUUAUCAUUUUUACUGUUGGUGUUUUUCUUCUUAUUGUGUGGCAGUAUCUAUAUUUGCACUUCUGGUGAGGAAAACCAGUUUCCUAUAAAGGCAAAUUAACUUCCUCUGUAAUGAAGCUAGCCUCGUUUUCACUUCUCCUAUCACUAAUUUUAUCUCCGACCACCUCUAGCUAUUGUUAUUUUUUUUCAGGCUUCCUUGCCAGAAAAGUCUCCUAGGCAAACAAUGGCAAGGUAGCAGUCUAGAUCUCUUAUCUUCCACCUACAGCGUGUGUGACCUUCCUUGUUUACCACAGGCCCCCAGGGUUAGGAUUUCUUGGAAAAACUUGUGGACUGUACCGUAUCCAAUGUCCACUGUGCUUCUUAACAUCGUAGCAUGAGAGCUUGUUCUUGGUAAGUGAUCUGAGAAGCCACUUCUCCCUUAAGAAGUAAAAGAGGCACAAAAAACUAUCCUUCUAAGGUGAGGAACACACGGUUCCUUGUGCACUGUUCUGUGCCACGGAAGUCCCUCAUCCAUCUAUUACCUGGCUGGGAGUGCAGAGUACAUUUGAUGAUGGCAGUUAUAAGGAGGUGGGAAUACUACCUGCAGGGAGUCAGAAAAGAGGAUGGCAGGAUGUGAACACGGAUGUUCUUCCCGAAUAAAUGAUCAUGCCCUGGGUUUAGAGCUGACCUGGGUUUUUUGUGUUUUGGGGGCGGGGGGGAGGGGCCACUGUGGGAGGAUAAGGAGUUUAACACUCAUGAGUUAAACACUUAGGAUUGCAAAGAAGGUUGAGAUUGUUUGAAAAAUAAAUUGAUUCUGACAAGCAGGUAUGAGUUUCUCAUCAUCACUUACCUCUUCCCUUUCCCCACCUUUCUCCCCAUCUCACACCUCCAGGCCCUUUGUAAUAGGAACAAGAAUUUGUAAAGACUCCUGUAUCAGUAGCCAUAUUCUUCCACUUUGAACCUGUUUGUUUGUUGGUUCUCUUCUUCUCCCCAAAGCCCCCCCGUACAUAGUUGUAUAUUCUAGUUGUGAGUGCCCCUGGUUGUGGGAUGUGGGAUGCCACCUCAGCAUGGCCUGAUGAGCAGUGCCACGUCCGCACGCAGGAGCCAAACCAACAGAACCCUGGGCCGCCAAAGCAGAACACAUGAACUUAACCACUCAGCCACGGACCAGCCCCUACUUUGAAUGUUUUGACGGCACUAAAUUAUCAUCCCAAAAUUAAAGAAGUGAUUCCACAUCCUAAAUGUGGACCCUUAAUUUUCAAGCCCUUUAAUUGAAAAUCCUGCUUGUUCUGCAAAGAACCUCUGAGGUCAUUCGCAUCUCUCUUGAUCACUCUCUGGACUAUGCCUGCCUCAAGUGCUUCCUGGUCAAGUGGCUUUUUCAGGAAUCUCAGUGAUUAAAGACCUUCUCAUCCUUGCACUACUAUUGAGGUUUGCCCUGACCUCAGAGCCGUUCGCUCUAUGGCCACCUGAUAAAUAUUUGUUGAUAAUGCUAAGGCAAGCAUAUACAUCUCUUAAGAGGUCUGCAGGUCUGAACAGAGUGAGGGAGGAAAUCUGGGGAGAAGGUAGCUCCACCUGGGUCACCCAGAGUCGCUGCUCGGCAGAUUGUCUGUAGUCUUGCCGUCCUUACUGAAGCGAAGGGCUUGGAGAAGCAGGGAAAUGCGGGGACCAUGUGUGCUGUAUAAACCAAAGACUGACCGCUGUCCAUGUGGACACGUCUCUCUUCCCUUGACUAGUUUAAUUUUCUCCCAAUGUUCUCACAAAUGAAAGUGAAGGUGGAUUGCCGGGUCGAAAUGAAGCUGUAAAACCUUAGGGGUUUUCUCUUGCGGGCUAGUGAUUGACCUUACCAUUCUGGAAAAAUCCAGAAAUCUAAAAAAAAAUGUCGCCUUAGUACCACACCAUCUCUGAAAGUCUAGUGUUUAGUCUCCUUUUCCCUCAAAAAGUUGUAGGCAAAUCUAGUGCUUUAUUGAACUCUGAAUAUUGUUCUGAGAAUGUGAAGAUUUUAAAUAGCCAAAGAAUUUUCAUGUAUAAGAACUAGUUAAUUACAUUGCGUCUUGCUCUUUUGAAGAACAUACCAAACUAUUGCCUGUACUAAUAGAUAGUAGAACAGUUGGGGAAGGACCACUAAUACAUGGACUUUUCACUCUGCGUCGGUUGGCAUCUGUGGUACUUACUGUUCAGGAUCUAUUGUAAGGGGACAGGGUGCCCUCUGCUGGAAUAAUCAUCAUUAUUCUUUCAGCCAAUUAAUUUGACUGGAGUCACCAUUUCCUCAACAACUAGUUCUUUGCCUUUCAUGGUACAAUUUCCUCAGUAGCUGACAGUUUGGUCCACGUUUAUCAAAAGAGGAAGGAAUGUCAAACUCUGAAAAGUUGAAGUAGAGCCCCACGGAAGAUCUUCUCACUGUCAGCAGCCCUUUAUUCUGCAAAAUGUUGAAUUGCUCUGUUUGCAAAGAAGAUGCCUCUGGCUGGAAUGUGUGUGCAGAGUUGUGAGGCCAGGGCUGAUUGUUUUGGAACUUAUCUCAACUUCCUUCUUGUCAAAUUGCAAAGGAACUUCAAUAAACAGACUUCUUUCAUAUGAAUGUAAAUGGUGCGAAAUACUGAUGUGUUUUGUACAUGUACAUAAUAAUAUAUUUACUUCCUGCUUUCACAUUAGUAAUCUGAAAUGGUUGUACCAUUUUAUAAUUAGAAAGAGAUG